CUUUCUGUGUGUAAUGAACAAUGUCCAUCUGGUAAUCAGAAGAAAAAGAAAGAAGGGAGGAAAUUUUGCUGCUAUGAUUGUGUUUUGUGCCCAGAAGGGAUGAUAUCAAACAAUACGGAUAUGUCUGAGUGUUUCAAAUGCCCAGAAGAACUGUAUCCAAGCAAUGACAAAAAACAAUGCAUCCCCAAAACAAUAACAUUUCUCUCCUGUGAAGAGUCUUUAGGGAUCAGUUUAGCCACAGUGGCUGUUUUUUUUUCACUCAUCACAGCCUGGGUUUUAGGAAUUUUUAUUAAACAUGAAGAUACCCCCAUCGUCAAAGCCAACAACCGGGACCUCACCUACACUCUCCUCGUCUCCCUCCUACUCUGCUUUCUCUCUUCUUUGCUAUUCAUCGGCCAGCCUGGGAAGGUGACCUGCCUUCUCCAACAACCCACUUUUGGCAUCAUCUUCUCCGUGGCUGUUUCUUGUGUGUUGGCCAAAACUGUCACUGUGGUUCUUGCUUUCAUGGCCACCAAACCAGGUUCCAACAUGAGGAAGUGGGUGGGGAAAAGAAUGUCCAGUUGCAUUGUCCUUUCUUGUUCCUUUAUUCAAGUAAAUAUUUGUAUUGUGUGGUUGGCAACUUCUCCCCCCUUCCCUGAUUUAGACAAGCACUCAGUAACAGAAGAAAUCAUUGUGCAAUGUAAUGAAGGGUCAGUUGCCUUGUUUUACUGUGUCCUGGGCUACAUGGGCCUCCUGGCCAUCAUCAGUUUCAUUGUGGCAUUCCUGGCCCGCAAAUUACCAGAUAGUUUCAAUGAAGCGAAGUUCAUUACAUUCAGCAUGCUGGCAUUUUGCAGUGUAUGGGUCUCCUUCAUUCCAACCUACCUGAGCUCUAGAGGAAAAUACAUGGUGGCUGUGGAGGUCUUCUCCAUCUUAGCCUCCAGUGCUGGGUUACUGGGUUGCAUCUUUUCCCCUAAAUGCUACAUCGUUAUGUUGAGGCCUGAGUUGAACAACAGGGAGCAAAUAGUAAGGAAAAGGAAUUAA